CUGACUGCUCUUAGAAAAUGCCUCAUCAGUCAAAGUCUUCACAGGCUCCUGAAUACUCGUGCUGAUCAGAUCCAGAAGGGCACCUGAACAUUUCUGGUAUCAGUACCCUGCCUGCUGAGCCUGUGUGCAUUUCCCUGGGGACACUCCUGUAUGCUGGCUUUCAGCUCUAGCUUGUUGCAUGGAUGGAAGCGUAAUGGAAGGGCCAAAGAUAAGUCUGAGGAGAGUGGUGCAAAACCUAAGCAUGUGCUUAGUAACAGAGGAACCCAGACUGAAAGCAAGAAGCCUCUGGAAGAGACAAAAAGCGUGAAGAAGCUGGAUGAAAACAAGGGAGCAUGUGAGAAGGUGAAUACUUCCAGUGCUGUAGCCCACAAAGCUGACUCCAAACCCCAGGUUAAAGACAGGACAGCACAGCAGCAAGGGGUAGAAGGUGCUGGCAAAACACAGAGCUCUAAGAGCUGUUCACAGCAAAAGGACAUCGAUGUCAAAGCUUUGAAACAACACAACAGUCUUCCCUUGGUACAUCAGGAUCAUGUGGGCAACCAAAAUGCUCCUGCUAAAACACAGAACGUGGACAGAGCCCCACACCUUGAUGAGUGCCACAGGCAGCUUGUUCAUCAGAAACCUGGGAAGAAUGAAAACAAACCUCCAGCACCGAGUGCGGCAUCCCGGGAAGCCGUGCCCUCCACAUCCCGGGCUAUAUCUGACACGGGGUGUGAAGUGACACAUACCAGGAUAUCCAUCAGUGUACAUAUGACUGACAUGAAAGAAAAGAUUGAGAUGGCCAAGGAGGGAAACGUAAGUGACAGCAGAGGUAAAAGUCCCAAGUCCACACCAGCAGACUUGAAAGGAGUCAAGCAGGGGCCUGACAAAUUAAAACUUCAACAGAGUCCUAAAAACAUCAGCUCCAAACCAAAUUCAGAAGUUAAAGGGGACGGUAAGCAAAAUGAACUUGCAUCUCAAACAGGGAAGCAACAGCCAUCCCUGAGAAAGCCCAAACCAGGUGACAAACCUGAAGAGAAAUCAGAAUUAAAAUGCAUGCCCAUAAUCUCACCAAAUACCCCUGCCAAGAAGCCUGUGAAAGAUGCAGGGGUAGAAGUGAAAAUCCAUCAAGAAACAGCAAAAGUGAAAAAAUCCCCAACAGAUAGCAAGUCUGAGAGGAGAGAAUCUGAGACUGCAGGGGGAAGCGGACACGACGCUCAGCGGAGUACAGGAGAGGCACCAGAGAAGACCAAGUCUCUGGAAGCUGGCAGAGCUCUUCCCACUCAAGGAGAAAUCAUCGAUGACAGCCCCUCUCCUCCAGCUCCUUUCGAGCACCGCAUCGUGAGUGUCAGGCAAGCAGAGGUGACCACGAGCUACUCCGUGUGUCGGCACGAGGUGCUGGGAGGGGGGCGUUUUGGGCAAGUCCACAAGUGCACGGAAAUAUCGACGGGGCUCAACCUGGCAGCCAAAAUCAUCAAAGUGAAAGGAGCCAAAGAGAAGGAGGAAGUGAAAAAUGAAAUUAACAUCAUGAAUCAGUUAAAUCACGUGAAUCUGAUCCAGCUUUAUGAUGCUUUUGAAGCCAAAAAUAAUAUCACUUUGAUCAUGGAAUAUCUUGAUGGUGGGGAAUUAUUUGACCGGAUCACAGAUGAAAAUUACCAUCUGACGGAGCUGGAUGCCAUCCUGUUCACCAAACAGAUUUGUGAAGGAGUCCACUACUUGCACCAGCAUUACAUUCUCCACUUAGACCUGAAGCCUGAAAACAUCCUAUGUGUAAGUCACACAGGAAACCAGAUUAAAAUUAUUGACUUUGGAUUAGCAAGGCGGUACAAACCCUGUGAGAAGCUGAAGGUGAAUUUUGGGACUCCAGAGUUCCUGGCUCCCGAAGUGGUGAACUAUGACUUUGUUUCCUUCCCCACGGACAUGUGGAGCGUGGGUGUCAUCACGUACAUGCUGCUUAGUGGCCUGUCCCCUUUCCUGGGAGAGACUGAUGCAGAGACAAUGAAUUAUGUAGUCAAUUGCAGCUGGGAUUUUGAUGCAGAAGCAUUUGAACAGCUCUCAGAGGAUGCCAAAGACUUUAUUUCCAGACUGCUUGUGAAGGAGAAAAGCUGCCGGAUGAGCGCGACGCAGUGUCUGAAGCACGAGUGGCUCAACAACCUCCCUGCCAAGGCCCAGAAGUCAAAUUUCCGCCUGAAAUCCCAGCUGCUGCUGCAGAGUUACAUGGCCCACAGGAAGUGGAAGAAACACUUCUAUGUGGUGGCUGCUGCUAACAGGCUGAAGAGAUUUCAGAGUAUGUCUGUCAAGCUUGCGUGAGCUUGUGUGAAACCUCCACCACUCCUGGAGAUGGACAUGAAGCCAUGGAAGGAGGACUCUGUCUUCAAACAUUUCUAUCCCUGUUUUAUAACAUAAGGUUUUGGGACUGUCUUCCUCAAUUAUUCUGUGUGUUAGUACUGCGGUUCCAGAAGUGCCUUAAGGAAGAGGCACAAGAUUUCUGAAAGCAGAAGCUAUUUUGUUUGUUUUUACAAGUUUUUAGUUGUUCUAUACAGUGCUGGAAAAACGUGGCUGUUACUGGGGCUGACUUCUUGCUGAAGGCUUUGAUUCUGCGGAGUAUUGCUGGUGUGUUUAUAGCAGAAAACCCCUGGCAGUUUUCUAGUCUCUCCAGCAAGCACAGGAUCUUUAAAGACUUUCUUCCUGACUGAUGUAUAUGUGUUACCAGUUUAGAGAACUGCCACACAGUGGCACAACUUGUCCCUCAGGUGUUUGUUACUUAAAACAGAAGAUAAAGACAUCAUUUUCUUUCCAAAACGUAAUUUCCCCACAACAUGAAGAUGCUCCGGUGCAACUCCAGCUCGGAUGGUUUUGGUUUGUUGUUUUGGGUUUUUAUUAUUCUACUCUCUCCCUUAAAAAACAGUCACUGCAUAGUUAGGAACUAUGAGGAACCCUGGUUUGAAGUAACUUAAAUCAGUCCAUUGCUGCUGUUUCUAAGGGCAAGUUGAAUUAGCUGAACUGAUUGAACUUCUGGAAGGAGAUGUGUGAAACUGCCAUGAAUACAAAUCACCUAAUGACUGUCGGGUCUAUGCAAAAAGAUCUCAUGGUGUAGAGAAAAGAGGAGAAUUCCAGAGUUUUUAUGUUUUUAAAACUUGUAAGUGCUUUUCUUUGUCCAUGACUGCAGCACUUGUUAAGUUUUAGUCUGACGAUUUGUUUUUCCUCUCUGGGAAUUUUAAUGCAGUCUGAGAAGCUGGUAUAGUGUGACAUGCAAAAGAGGUUUCAUUUCUAACAGGUUCAAUGACAGUGAAACAAAGUGUUGCCAGACUCUGCCUUUACUCCAGUUAGGAGGUUGAAGCCCUUUUUUUCCCCCUCACUUUGCUCUUGAACAUUAAACUUUUUCUUCACAAUAUUAACUUAUUUUGGAUUUUAAACUCUUAUGUGUAGAGUUGGAGUCACUUACAAUCUUUCAGAUAAAAGUACAACACUAUUUAUUAAACCCGUGGUUUCCUGUUCUGGAUUCUGCAAAACUCAGUGUGAACUGGAUGGGCUCUUAGGAAAAAUGGAAACUAAUAUUACUAAAAGUAGCUUUCUAGCAAAGGCACGUGUAAAGCUCCUCUGAACAGUAUGGCCCGUCACAUCCCUUGAAUUUGCACAAGUGUUGGUUGCUAAUGAUGAGGUUUGUAAGACUGGCUUACUCUAGCUAUUUUUUUCCACUCAAGUGCUUCUCACUGUGCCUAGUCUUGACUUCUGCAGUAUUUCCAGAAUUGGGACAAAGAAGAAUCUUGAUAAUUUAUCACCUUCUGUGAAGGCCCACUUUUGUUCGUGUUUUCCUUCCACAGUGUUUC